AUGGGUGGUGUUGGGAAGACAACUAUUAUGAUGCACAUACAUAAUAGACUUUUCGAAGAUGCAACAUUCGAUGGUGUGGCUUUUAUCACCGUGUCCAAAGAUUUCAGCAUUUAUAAGUUGCAAAGUGAUAUUUGGAAGGCACUAAAAUUUGACAUUAUGCAGGAUAAGCAUGAGAAGAAACGAGCAGCAAUGUUGUCGGAGCAUUUAGAAAGAAAGAAGAAUUGUGUAUUGAUUCUUGAUGAUGUGUGGCAACAUUUUAAGCUCCAGGAUGUGGGAAUUCCUGAUAGAGCUGGAGUGAAGGUGGUCCUAACAACUCCUCUCUCUGAAGUGUGUUCUCAAAUGGAUUGUGAAGAGAUUAAAAUUAAACCUUUACACGAGGAAGAAGCGUGGAAAUUGUUUAGGGAGGAACUUGGGCCUAAACCGCCAACCGAUAUACAAGUUGAAAAGGUUGCAAGGAAAAUCGCGAAAAGAUGUGCAGAACAUAUACAGUUCCGGCAAAUGCAGUUGAUAGAAUGCUUUAUUGAUGAGGGAUUUCUUGAUGAAGUGGAUACAAGGGAGGAACAAUAUUGCAGGGGUCUUGCCGUAGUGGACAUGCUUCAAAAUGCUUGCUUGCUGGAAGUUGAUCAUGGCAUUGUCAGUAUGCAUGCUUUGAUCGGAGAAAUGGCAUUAAACAUUGUGACUACGGCUUAUAUGGUAAAAGCAGGCCAGGAUUUGCGAAGGAUACCAGAUGGGGAGUAUUGGACAGCGGACUUAGAGAAAGUUUCUUUGAUGGAGAAGGCUGUGGGUCAUUAUGUCGUAUUCCUUAUUUUGGAUGAGUUGUGGAAUUUGAGAUACCUUGACCUAUCUGGAACUGGUAUUGAAAGAUUAUUGGAAGGAACAUUGAGGAGAAUGGUGAACUUGCAGUAUCUUAAGAUUGCAGGAAAGGUGAAGGUGAAGGCAGAAGAGGUGAUACAAUUGAAGGCAUUGGAGAGACUAGAGAGCAAAUUUGGCAAUGCUGAUGAUUUCUGA